UCACUCCUCGCUGAAGUCGCUCCUCCUCUGCCUCUCCGGCUUUGUACCCAGAGCUGAACCACGCCGCGGCUACCUUCUCAAGGAUACCGGGGCUUCUAAAUAUCGGAAAAUGGCCCUCCACGUCCCCAAAGCUCCGGGCUUUGCCCAAAUGUUGAAGGACGGCGCCAAGCACUAUUCAGGGCUUGAAGAAGCAGUCUUUCGUAACAUCAGAGCAUGUAAGGAGCUCUCACAGACCACACGCACUGCCUAUGGGCCAAACGGAAUGAACAAAAUGGUCAUCAAUCACCUGGAGAAACUGUUUGUCACCAAUGACGCUGCAACAAUCCUCAGAGAGCUCGAGGUGCAGCAUCCAGCAGCAAAAAUGAUUGUGAUGGCGUCCCACAUGCAAGAGCAGGAGGUCGGAGAUGGUACCAACUUUGUCCUGGUGUUUGCUGGAGCUCUGCUGGAGCUGGCUGAAGAGCUGCUCAGGAUGGGCUUGUCUGUGUCAGAGGUGAUUGAAGGCUAUGAGAAGGCAUGUAAGAAGGCUCUGGAGAUCCUGCCAGACUGCGUAUGUUCUUCAGCCAAGAACCUUCACGAUGUUAAAGAGGCCACGUCUCUCAUCCGUACUGCAGUCAUGAGUAAACAGUACGGCAAUGAAGACUUUCUCGCCAACCUCAUCGCCCAGGCCUGUGUAUCCAUCUUCCCUGAGUCCGGAAAUUUCAAUGUUGAUAAUGUCAGAGUAUGCAAGAUUUUGGGUUGUGGUGUGACGGCAUCCUCCAUGCUCCAUGGUAUGGUUUUUAAGAAGGAGGCAGAGGGAGACAUUACAUCCGUUAAAGACGCCAAGAUUGCAGUAUUCUCCUGCCCCUUCGACUGCAUGGUAACAGAGACCAAGGGAACAGUGUUGAUAAAUAAUGCACAGGAACUCAUGAACUUCAGUAAAGGAGAGGAGGACAUGAUGGAGGCUCAGGUGAAGGCCAUCAAGGAGGCUGGUGCCAAUGUGGUGGUAACUGGGGGGAAAGUGGCCGACAUGGCGCUGCACUACGCCAACAAAUACAAGCUCAUGGUGGUCAGGCUUAACAGCAAGUGGGACCUCAGGAGGUUAUGCAAGACUGUGGGAGCAGUUGCACUUCCCAGGCUGACGGCUCCAACUCCGGAGGAAAUGGGUCACUGUGACAGUGUUUACCUUACAGAGGUGGGAGACACUCAGGUGGUGGUCUUCAAACACGAGAAAGAAGAUGGUGCCAUCUCCACAGUGGUGAUCAGAGGCUCUACUGACAACCUGAUGGACGACAUUGAGAGGGCCGUAGAUGAUGGAGUCAACACCUUCAAGGUUCUGGUCAGGGACAAGCGUCUGGUACCUGGAGCUGGAGCCACUGAGAUCGAGCUGGCCAAACAGAUCACCUCAUACGGAGAGUCCUGCCCUGGUCUGGAGCAGUAUGCCAUUAAGAAGUUUGCUGAAGCCUUCGAGGCGUUGCCACGCGCCCUGGCUGAGAACUCUGGUGUGAAGGGGAGCGAGCUCAUUUCCAAACUGUAUGCUGCGCAUCACGAGGGCAACAAAAAUAUGGGCUUUGACAUCGAGGGAGACGGCAUUGCUUUGAAGGACAUGCUUGAAGGUGGCAUUCUGGAGCCUUACAUGGUCAAAUACUGGGGCAUCAAACUGGCCACCAACGCUGCCAUCACAGUCCUGAGAGUGGAUCAGAUCAUCAUGGCUAAGGCUGCAGGGGGACCCAAGGCUCCCAAGCAGAGAGGUCAUUGGGACAAGGACGGUUGGGAUGAAGAGCCUGAUAAUUUUGAAACUCAUCAUUAGAGGGCACACACACCCUCUUUCAGUAGGUCCUGGAAUGUGUGUGUGAUUCUGUGAAAACUCUGCACAGACGUACUCACCCGCUCACAGGAUACUGAAGCUGUGAAAUGUCUGUUGUUUGGCCCGUCACUACUAACACUGCGUGAAAAAUGUUGUAUUGAUGAUGAGAUUCAGCAACUUCACGAGUGUUUUUAACAAUACCAGGUGUGCCACUCUCUAAACUUGCACAAAACAGAUACUGUAUGGUGUGAUAGCAUGCUGCAUGCUCUCAUGAACUCUUUCCUUUGCAGUGGACGUCCUCAGGCAAGUCACUCAAACCAUGCAGCAUGUAACAACAUUUGAUGUACAGGGAUGUAAAUGAGAUUAGACUAGAUGUCCUUAAACCCAUAACUUUGUCUUGAUUUUAUCCUUUAGAAGAGAUUGAGUGAAAUGUACAGUGCCUGGAGUACUUGUUGUGCUUAAGGGGGGUUGAUUUUUACUUGUUGAGAACAUUUAAUUUUGUUUAGUCUAUCUUAAAUGUGUUUACUGCUUGUUCUAUAUUUUACUGCCAUAAAGUGCCUUCAUUGAGAUCUCAAGGGAUUUAAACCUUUUCUUUUACUUUGAAAAUAUCACCCAGUCAGUUGAGACUUCAGUGCUUAAGUUCAAGAUAAAAAUUUUUGUCCCAUUUUAGAAAUGUCUGUGUUUUCUGCGGUGUCCAACACAUUCUUUUGAACAAUUAAUGUAUAUUUGAGGUUUUUCUGUGCUAGCUGCUGUCUAACACGCAGGUGUUAGUGUCAGAGUUGAUAACCUUCCACCCUGCCUCAAAGCGCUCAGUCAGCUGUAGGGAUCUUGGUGCAUUUAAUUCCCAGCUAGACUGACCCCUUCAUCUUUUUUUUCUU